AUGAAGCAAGACGAGGUUGAAGGAGAUGAUUAUGAUGCUGACAAGAUCAAUUCUGAAAAAGAAAACAGGGAAAAAUUGGCAAAGAGUCAGGUGGUGGAAUUGGUUAAGACGGGAGAUCUUUUCCUCAACAAAACAGUUUUGAAAGCGAGGUUUGAGUUAUGUGCAAUGAAGCAUAACUUUCACUACACAGUUUCCAACUCCAAUAAAUCAGUUUGGUGUAUUAGAUGCGCUGAUAAGGUGUGCUUUUGGGGUGCUCGAGCUGAGUGUUUGAAGGGCUCCACAUAUUUUAUUAUUAAGAAGUAUGUCGGUGUACAUUCCUGCGCACCUUCAAACAAAACCAGUGCCGGAAAGACAGCUUCAGCGAAAACGAUAGGCAGUCUGGUAAUGCAUAAAUAUGAAGGUAUCAAGGAAGGGCCUAAAGCGAAAGAUAUUGUUCAGAUUAUGCGUAAUGAUUAUGGAUGUGAGAUCUCUGAUUCUUUAGCAUGGGAUUCCCGUGAAUAUGCAGUCAACGCUGUUAGAGGUAUUCCUGAGGAAAGUUAUGGGAAAAUACCAAAAUACUUGCACAUGCUGCAAGAGGCCAAUCUGGGUACACAUUCCUCUUACAAGACUGACGUCGAUGGUAGAUUUCGAUAUCUGUUUAUAGCGUUUGGUCAAUCGAUCAGAGGCUUUAACACAGUCAUGAGGCGUGUCAUUGUUGUCGAUGGAACAUUCUUGAAGAUAGACUCUGAGAAUGAACAGUCUUGGGAAUGGUUUAUGAGACAAUUAAAAGUUGUUGUUGCUGAUGAUAAUGGUUUGGCUUUUAUUUCGGAUAGACAAGUGUCAAUAGCGAAGGCACUGGAGAAAGUGUAUCCGCUAGCGAGACAUGGUAUUUGCAUUCAUCAUUUGUUGAAUAAUGUGAUAUCGUAUUUCAAGGGGAAGGGAUUAGCUGGGUUGAUUUCUAAGGCUUCAAAGGCUUAUAGAGUGGUUGAUUUCAAGAAGACGUUUGCUCAUGUUUGCAAUAUCAGUCCAGCAAUUGGAAAUUAUCUUAUGGAAGCAGAUGUCAAAAAGUGGGCUAGAUGUCAAUUUCAUGGAUACAGGUAUGACAUUAGGACAAACAAUCCUGCAGAGUCGAUAAAUUAUGUGUUGCGUUCGCCGAGAGAGUUUCCCGUAAUUCCUUUGUUGGACAGUAUUAGAGAAAUGCUGACACGCUGGUUUUUUAAGCGUAAGCAAUCGAUUUCAAAGCACACCCACCGUUUGACCAUAAAUGUGGAGGAAAAGAUUGAUAGAAAAAUUGGAAAGGGGGAAACUUUCAGAGUUUACCCUGUAACCGAUAGCCAACUGCUUGUUAAAGGUGAUACAAUUGACUGA